GUAAUGAGCUUUAAAUAUUUGUUACUCUUUUAAUUGAUCCUUUUGAGUGUAGCACAUAAUCAAGGGAAAUCAGUUAAGUUAUCAAAGAAACAAGCACAUCAUAAGCAUCAUAAAUCACAAAAGUUUUUGGAUAGUAUUAUGGUAAUUUUAUAAUAAUAAUCAAAAAAGGACGUAAAUGAUGAUUCAAUAGAACUAUUACUCUAAAAGCACGAAGUAAUUUCAUACAAAAUCAAAAGAACUUCUAUUUGGCUGAAAUGACAGUUGGUACACCUGAUUAAAAAUUAACUGUUUUGAUUGAUACAGGAAGUCCAAAUCUUCUACUUACUUCAUCACUAUGUUAAUAAAACAGUUGCAUUCAACAUGGUUCAUACAAUCCAUCUUUAUCAACUACUUCAUAUUACAUUGAAGCUAUUAAAUUAGCUAAUGUACUUUGUUUAUAUUUACUUAGGGAGAAGUAGGCAAUGAGAUUGACAUAUAAUUUGCAUCAGGAAGUGUUGUAGGUGUAUUUUUUGAAGAUAGAGUGUGUCUUAAUCAAUAUUGUGUGAAUAAUCAAUUUAUAGUUGGAAUAGUAGAAUAAACAGAAGAUGUAAUCAAUAAAUUGAAUUUUAGAUAUUUAGUCAAAUGAAAUUCGAUGGUAUAUUGGGAUUGGGACGUAUAAAGGAAGCUGUUGUUAAAAAUGCAUCCUAUAUACAUAAUUUAGAAUAUGAUGUAAGAUAUUAUGUAACACUAUAUUAAAGACCGAUACUAGAAAUUUUUCAUUGUAUUUGAGUAAUAGUGAUGAUGAUGAUAUGUCAAGUGAGUUAGUUCUUGGAGGCAUUUCGUAACAUUUGAUUGCUCCAGGAGAGGAAUUCAAAUUCUUUGAUGUUACAUCAGAUAAUCUUUGGACAAUAAAUAUUAAAGCAGUUUUCUUAGGAGAUGAAAGAAUUGAUGAUUGCAAUAAUUGUCAAGGUUUAAUUGAUUCUGGUACAUCAUUUAUAAGUUUUCCAGUUUAUGCAAUGGAGAAAUUUUAUUAGAAAUUUGGAGUGUAAUUAUCAAUUUGAUUUAUAUUUUAGUUAUUAAUUAUGUAGUAAUAUUGAGUCAUUUCCAGAUUUGACAUUUGUUUUGGAUAGAGGAAUUAAAUUUACAUUGACAGGAUCAUAAUAUUUCAAAAGAAAUACUCAUGCUUUAUUUUCUAAAGACAUUUGCAUACCAUAUAUUAAAAAUAAUCCAAUAAUUGGAGAUGAACUAAUUGUUUUAGGAUAGCCAUUUCUUAUUCAUCAUUAUGUUUGGUUUGAUGAAGAUUAAUCAAAAAUUGGAAUUGUAAAAUCUAAAUAACAAUCUCAUCAAUGA